GCUCAUUAUUUUCCAGAUUCUUGUACCGGUGUGAAACUUUUAUAUAUUUUCUUACUUUUUAAUACAAAUAUAAUAAGUUAAACGUCAAAAAUCACAAUGGUCUUCUUUACUUGCAAUCACUGCGGUGAAUCCGUAAAAAAACCAGCUGUGGAGAAACACUACAGUACAAAAUGCCGGGGUGCCAUGAAGAAUGUUUCAUGUAUGGAUUGCCUCAAAGAUUUUCAUGGACAAGAGUAUGUGGCACACACCAAAUGUAUUACAGAAUUACAAAAAUAUUCCGGAAAAGAUUAUGUACAUAAAGAAGCCAAGAACAGUGGUGCUAAAAAGCAAGAAGGUUGGAUGGACAUCAUACGCGCUAUACUUGAUUCGAACGAUUACAAGCUAAGCGGUCUGGCUCGUGAUGCAUUUGAACGCUUACAAAGUUUCGACAAUGUGCCGAGAAAAAAGGCAAAAUUCCAAAACUUUGCAAAAAAUGGUUUGCAUAUGCCCGUGCGGUUGGCGGCAGAAGUUUGGGAUGUGCUUGAAAAAGAACUGGAAAAGAUGAAACUGGCGAAGCAACAAGAAAAUGCCGCGGCAGCAGCGAAGAAAGAAGACACUUCUAAUCAGAAUGGUGUAAAACGAGAAGCAACUGAGGAAGCUGUAAGCGAUGAGCCGGUAAAGAAAAAACCCAAAAAGAACAAAACAGAAAAUGGCAAGCCACAAGAAGAGGAAAGCGAAAGCGCUGAAACUGUUAAAACAAAAAAGAAGAAAUCAAAGAAGCUGGGAGUUGACGAUGCAACUGCAAUAACAGCUGAAUCAAAUGGAACCGAUGAACCCGCCAAAAAGAAGUCAAAAAAGCAAAAGAAUGAUGUCCACGAGGCAGAAAUCGCUGAAGAAACCGCUAUAACAGCUGAAUCAAAUGGACUUACCAAAAAGAAGUCAAAGAAGCAAAAGAAUGGUGUCCAAGAGGCAGAUAUCGCCGAAAUUGUUGCCAAUGAUACAACAUUAGAAGCGAACGGUGAAGCUAGUGAUGAUUUCGAAUGGAGUGUGGUGUUAGAUAAAAUUGUACGAAAGAGUGAUGACGGUAUUGCCAUGGAAAAGCUUAAAAAACGUGUCUUGAAAAAAUAUGCCGCUAAAAUUGGUGCUGAAGAAUUAACAGAGAAGCAGCAAAAGAAAUUUGAAAAGAAAUUCUCCAAGAACUUAAAGAAGUGCACAGCGGUGCAGGUGAUAGGCGAAGUUGUAAAAGCGUGUUGACGUUCGCGAAUUGUAAUAAAUGUAGUUACUUAUAAAUUGCCUAAGUUUCUAUAAGAUUUUGUAUAAUAUUUAAGAACUUGACAUAGUUUCUA